CCCUCCAUCGUCGACCGCGCUCGUCCUCUUGCGCUCUCUCGCCGCCCGCGCCGCCGCAGCCAGGAUGAUGUUCAAGAUUGUGCUUCUGCUGGCCGUUUUGGCCGCAACCAACGCCUUCUUCCUGAAAGGAUUUGGCGGCAGGAGCCACGGCCGCGGCCACGGCCACGGAUACGGACACCACGGCUACGGCCACGGCCACGGCAACGGCUACGGCCAUGGAUAUGGCCACAGCUACGGCUACUACCAGCCCGUCAGCUACGACUACGCUGACUACGACUACGGCUACAGCAGCUACGGCUACCACUGAGUCACGGAGUGUCCGGUGACGAAGCGCCCACCCUACUGUUUCAUGCUGUGCUCUUCCACGCUGUGCUUGGGUCACAAAACAGCCACAGCGAUGGUGCAUCUACGUCUACCCGUCCACUGUACGGUGCUCCACGCGGGAGUCGUCUCAGGUGCGCGUGCUCCCCGCAUGUGUAGCUCUCCUCAUGUGAAAAGCGUGGCUAGUGUCACAGAUCGUGUUCGUGCAGCACAUUAGAUACAUUUGUCAUUGACGUGCAAAUGCCUCAGUCAUCAUAUUCUUCUUUGGAUUCAUUGUCAUUUCCUCUGCUGUAACCGGUUGAGACUUGUGAUGAUGUACGCGUUUUAUUUAUGCCAUGUGAAUACAUACUAUGUUUCUA